AUGCUUAUUGUUGGCUUUGAAGGCAGCGCGAAUAAACUUGGCGUAGGCAUUGUAAAUGGCGACAAGAUUUUGGCAAAUGAAAGGGCUACGUAUGUGCCACCGCAGGGCCAUGGUUUUAAAAUAACAGAUGCUGCAAAGCAUCACCAAACGAAUGCUAUGACUGUAUUUAAGAAGGCCAUGUGCAAAGCAAAUAUUAAAAUAUCGGACAUUAAUUACUUAGCAUAUACGGCAGGGCCAGGGGUUGGUUCGUGCCUGUCCGCGGUUGCUACGUUUGUUAAAGUCUUUGCUGAGAUGUACAACAUUCCUGUGGUGCCUGUCAACCACUGUGUUGCCCACAUAGAGAUGGGGAGGUUUAUUACGCAGUCUAAUAACCCAACAGUUCUGUACGUGAGUGGAGGAAACACUCAGAUCAUAUCAUACCAUGACAGGAGGUACAAAGUGUAUGGAGAAACACUCGACAUUGCAAUAGGUUCCUGCCUGGAUAGGCUGGCGCGCCUGCUGGAUAUUCCAAACGACCCCUCUCCUGGGUACAACAUUGAGCUAAUGGCAAGAAAGGGAAAAAACUACAUAGCACUCCCAUAUGUUAUAAAAGGCAUGGAUGUGUCAUUUUCUGGGAUGCUUUCAUAUGUGCAGAGGUAUCUUAUUGGCAAGAAGCUAACCGAAGAGCUAAAGGCAGACAUUUGCUACUCAGUCCAGGAAACAGCUUUUGCUAUGCUGGUAGAGGUGUCCGAGCGUGCAAUGUCAUGCACCUCCUCCAAUGAAAUACUUGUUGUUGGCGGAGUUGGGUGCAAUAGAAGGCUCCAGGAAAUGGCAGCAAAAAUGGCAACACAGAGAGGAGGCGUAGGCUACAGCGCAGACGAGAGAUACUGCAUAGACAACGGUCUUAUGAUUGCACAUACGGCAUAUAAAAUGAUUUGUAGUGGGUACAAGUGCACAGAUAGGUCAUGCAAGGUCACACAGCGAUACAGAACCGAUACUGUGGAUAUUUCAUGGCGUGACUAG